AGCGGCUGCGUGCAAAGGUACACCUGCGCGUACGGCCGAUGGCCAUGAAUCCGGGCGAGGAGGACGGCUACACCUCCGUCCUCGAGAUCGACGAGUCGCUCAGCCUGCUCGAGCGCGUCAAAUACUACAGUCAGUCCGCGGUCGCGGUGCAGAGGCUCGUGCAUGUGCAGGAGCUGGGCGCCUGCGCGGAGGAGAUCGGGCCCGCGGCGGCGCUGUCCGAGCUGGUCCCGCUCCUCAAGGACGUCAGCUGCGACGCCGAGCUGAGCGUGCGGCAGGCGCUAGCUGAGCAGCUGGUGCCGCUCUGCGCUGUCCUGAUGAAGGCCCCGGAGGAGAGCGCCGAAGUGGAGGGCGAGGAGACGAGCGCGCACGCCGUCGUGGUCGAGACGUGCGUCCCGCUCCUGAGCGCGAUGCUGACGGCGGGCGGCGGCCAGGAGCUGGCCGGCGGCGGAUCUGCGCAGCUCAUCGACGCUGCGGCCGAGGCCCUGGUCGCCAUUGCGGCGCUGCUGCCGGCGGACGAGGUCGGCACGACCGUGUUGACUGCGGUGCUCACGCUGGCGCACGACGACGAGUCGGAGGAGAACCGGGUGGUCGCGACGCAGCUGCUUGGCUCGCUCGCGCCGGUCGUGAGCGCCGAGCUCUGCUGCCAGUUUGUGCUGCCCGAGGUCAUCUCCCUCGCCGACGAUCCCGUUUUCCGCGUGCGCAAGGUUGCCGCGCUGAAGCUCGGUGGGCUGACCGCCGCGGUUGGGGCGGAGCUCGCGCAGGCGCGGCUGCUGUCCGUGUACGAGGCGCUCGCCGCCGACGACAUUUGGGGCGUGCGCAAGGCGUGCGUGGAGUCGUUGCCGGAGAUUGCAAACGCGCUGCCGGUCGAUGUGCGCGCCGAGCGGCUGGUGCCGCUGCUGCGUUCGCUGUACGAGGACGGGUCGCGUUGGGUCCGCAUCUGCGCGUGCCAGGCGUUCCGCACCCUGACGACAAACAUGCAGUGGAAGGCGUCCAUCCUCGGCAGCGGGCUCACCGAGUCGGAGCUGGUUCCGACGUUCGACUACUUUCUCAAGGACCUCGACGAGGUCAAGGUUGGCGUGGUCGCGUCGAUCGCGCCCUUCCUGCGCGCCCUCUCGCCCGAAGCGCGCCACAAGUACCUCGGCGCCAUCGUCGAGAUGCGGGCCGAGACAGACAACUGGAGCUCGCUCCUCCUGCGCCAGGCGGCCGUCGAGUCGCUCGUCCCGCUCGCGCUCGACCUCGCCACGGACUCGGUGGCCGAGGUUCGGAUCGCGGCGAUGGCAAAGGCCUCGCUGCUCGGGCUGGAGCACCCCGUGUCGAGCGGCGGCUUCGAGGUCUUCGACGCGGACGCAGAGAGCGACCCGUCGGGCGGAGGCGACACGCAGGACCCGGUGCUGGCGGCCACGUCCGGGCAGGGCGCCGCGAUCGGCAGCGUCUUCUCCACGUCGCUCGAGGAGCUGCACCCGCCGCCGACCGACUCGCUCACUGCUGCCGACGGAGACGCCGUCGAGGACCGGCAGAAGCCCUGGCUGGUCGCCUCGGCGAUGGCGCGGCUCGAUAUGGGCGCGCGCCCCGACGGGACCAGACCGCCCUCGUUGGGCAGCAUAGCAGUAGCGCCGCAGGCAGCCGCCGCGACGGAGGGGGACACCGUCGCAGAGGAUGAGGCUGGCGGAGGUGGCGCCGAGGGAAGGUGACGCUGAAGAUGGUCGCCGCGACCCAGCAGAGUGGCGCACACUCCUCGCGAUUCUUAAAAUAGUGGUGUAUUGACGAAGGUUUUGGUAUUGUGUGCG